AUGGAAGUUGCAAAGUUGAUAAACCUUGGUUACUUGGAUGUCUCUAAGAACCUAUUAUCGGGCGAAAUUCCGAGCACUUUGGGUAGCGGCACAAGCCUGGAAACGCUACAUUCAGGGAACAACUUUUUCAACGGAACCAUUUCUUCUUCUUUGAGUUUCUUGAGAGGCCUUAGUGAGUUGGAUCUCGCGAAUAAUAGCUUGUCUGGUGAAAUUCCAGUCUCUGUGGGGGGUGUAGCUGAAUUGAAGCUACCUAAAUGCAACUUCAAAGUGGAUGAAAAUAGGAGAUCAAACAAUGCCUUAACUUUAGCACUCUCUUUACUCUUUGGGCUUGUAGGACUAGCUUUCGUGGGGUGUGUUCUCUAUCUUUGCUGGUUCAGAAAUAGAAGAAAAGAUACUCCUUCAGAUUCAUCAAAAAAUUCAUUCUUCAGGGUGUCUUACCAAACUCUUGUUAAAGCCACUGAUGGCUUCUCAUCUUUCAAUUUAAUCAGUGCUGGUAGUUUCGGGUCUGUAUACAAAGGAGUUAUUGAUGGAAGAAUUGUCGCUGUGAAGGUAAUUAACCUUUUGCGACAUGGAGCUUCGAAGAGUUUCGUAUCCAAAUGUGAGGCACUAAGAAACAUCAGACAUCGGAACCUUGUCAAGGCACUAACGGCAUGUUCGACAAUAGAUUGUCAAGGUCAUGACUUCAAGGCUCUGGUUUAUGAGUUCAUGGUCAAUGGGAGCCUUGAAGAGUGGUUACAUCCAAAUUGCAGUGAAGAUUUAUCAAAUGAAGAGUUUAAGAAGCUAAACCUUCUUCAGAGACUAACUAUUAUCAUUGAUGUUGCUUGUGCCCUGAAUUAUCUUCACAACCAGGGCCAACCCCCAGUAGUCCACUGCGAUCCUAAGCCCAGCAACAUUCUUCUGGACAAAGAUAAGACUGGGCAUGUUGGUGAUUUUGGGUUAGCAAAAUUUUUUGCUGACCAUGCCACCCAUGGCUUGUUUGGAAAUGAAACAAGCUCUAUUGGCAUAAGGGGAACAAUAGGUUAUACUACUCCAGGUGAAUAUGCCUUCAUUUAUUCUUAGUUGUUUCAUGCACCAAAAGGUGUAGAGAAAAUUGCACGUGUGAUUUGGGCUACACAAUAUUUUUUCGUUGCACAGUUAUCUGACUUUUUCUGUUUAUGGAACAUUUCGGUCUUUUAUAUCCAAAAUUUUCCCCCUUACAAUUGCAUUUUUGCUUACAGAAUAUGGUGUGGGAUGUGAGGUCUUGGCAUACGGUGAUAUCUACAGUUUUGGCAUCCUUGUGUUAGAAAUGUUUACUGGGAAGAGACCCACCGAUGAAAUGUUUAAAGAUGGGUUAAGCCUCCAUAGCUUUGUGAAAGAGGCUUUGCCCUGCAAUGUAUCAGAGAUUUUAGACCCAACACUUUUUCAGAUCGAAGGGGAAGAAGAAGAAAGCUUCAUAAGAGGUGAAAAGGUAGUGGAGUGCUUGAGUUUGAUACUUGAAAUUGGAGUCAAUUGUUCUUUAGAAUUGCCUAGAGAAGGAAUGGACAUUCAUGAUGUUCAGCUAAAUUGCAUUUCAUCAAAGACACCCUUCUAGGAUCUGAAAUACAAUGAAAGAGAUGAAUUUAUGAGGGAAUCAAUUGGAAUGUAAUGCUUUUGUCGUAAUAAUAUCCUUCCUGGAAGAGAUUACAUGUUUAAUAACAACCUUACUUCCAGAUUGGAUGAGCCAAAUCUACAUGUAGCACAUUUAGUGAAAAGUAAUGUUACUUAUUCAAAGAAAGUAUUCGAAUUUGAAAUGUGUCGAUCGGAUUUAUUUUGGGUGUGAUUCUCAUCUCAUUACAUCAAAUUUAAAUGUACAUCACAAAUUCAAAAUUAAUAUAUGUUCUUUG